AUGAGCAAAACUAACUGCUUUCGGAAGCUCCUUAAGCAGCUUAUGCGUUUUUGGCCCUGCUGCUGUUCAUCCGGCUUUGGGAUGCAACACGUGGAAAGCUUCGUUGCAGUUUCAAGAACUGGAGGUAGCAAAGGCUAUGGAUUUAUUGAGUUCGAAUCUGAUGAUGUGGCAAAGAUUGUUGCAGAAACAAUGAACAACUACCUCUUUGGAGAAAGACUUCUAAAGUGUCAGUUCAUACCUCCUGAAAGGGUCCACGAAAACCUUUUCAAAGACUGUGACAGAAAGUUUCAGAAGCCUUCUCAGCCAGCAGUCAGUCGUUACAAUAGGAUACGUUCCGUCAGUGAGAAGGCAAAGAUGGCAAGGCGACUACUACGGAAGGAGAAACUUUUACGGAAGAGACUGGCUGAAAAGGGGCUUGAUUAUGACUUCCCAGGAUUUGCUGCGCAAGAGCUUCCCAUAAAGAAAAAGAAAGUUAAAAAAUCCAAACCAAAGCUGAAUGUUUCUUUGAACAGUCAGGAUCCUACUCCAGUCUGUACUCCUACAGUGCUUGAGCGCCGGAAAGCUCAUGAGGCAGAUGAUGACACAGAGGACAAUGAAAUAACUAUCAGACUGCCCCCCAACAGUGUUAAGAAUGCUGUGCAGAGACCCAAGAAACAGACAAGAAAAAAAAAUGUGAAGAAACAAAAAUAAACUUAAAGUUUUAAUGCCUUUAGCUAAGUUUUUCCUCAACUCAAAAUCUAGUGAAGUGGAGCUUCUAGUGGUUCUGCUCACCUGUCUCAGUCCACCUUACUGGACUGUGGUGUUUCAGCCUUUCUUGUACAAGGAAUCUAUUCACCAAUCAUUCCCCUCCUGUUUAGCCAUCAGGGGAGCUGCGGGCUUCUCUGCUUUUGAAGAUGUUCUUGACUUUACCCUCGUCAGUGCUAGUGUUCUGACAUGCUUAUUGUAACCUUCAGUUAAUUCUGUAGCUUCCUUGUCUCUGGUGCUCACUGCUUUUCAAGAUGUGAGAAGUCUGUUGAGGACCUGCUGAUGGGGCUGUAUUUUACAUUGAUAAUUAACGACAGGCUAUAAAACAAUUCUGUGGGUUUUUUUUGUUUUUAAUUGCGCUGGCUUUUGGUAGCGGUCCUUCUGUAACUGAAUGUCUGUGUUCUACAUGAAUACUCAUACAGAUGCACAGAUGGAAGGGGACAGGUUUUUUUUUUUUUUUCCCCCCAGGAAGGCAUACCUUGAUUUAUCUUUUGUUUGUGGUGAGUCAGGAUCUGCCUGUACUGUCCUGGGCAGAGGCAGGAUACCACACUGUCUGCGAAAGGCAUUGGUGUUCAUCCCUGCUUUCAGCAAUGCCCAGGCAGCUCAGCCUUUGCUAGGACUUGGAGUGGUUGUGGAGGACUUGAAAGGGACUCGGAUUAGGAAGGUGGUGAGAAGACAGAUAGGAGGAUGGCUGAGGUCAUUUACGUUCAAGAGCCAAAUUUUUUUCCCAAAGCAGACAAAAAAAAAAUACUUCUUUGAGAGUGUAGCCUGCUAUUGAGGAUGUAGCGUAGGUCUGUUCUGUUGACUGGUGGCUUAGCCAGAGUCACAGCAACCCUUUCAUUCCUCACAUAUUUCUGUAAAACACGUUUCACUCAGCAGAAGCCCCAGGCUUGCACGUGCUGGCAUACUGGUCUACCUCUGGGCUGACUGGGCAAAGAUGAUUUGCUAAUUCUCUGGCAUUUUGUGUAUCAUAAACUUGCUGUUGUCUGGGUCAGAAAACUUACAAGGAACUUGAACUGAAGAUGGGUGGAUUGUAAAAUCCAUUACUUUUUCUUUACUGUUUCCUGUAAGUCCUACAGUGCUGUGAAGUAUGGCUGCCUGUCGAGGGAUUGUUUGUGGGGCUGUGGAGGGGGGCAAAUGGUGACGGCAAUUUUGAGUGCAACAGCUCUCAGGCUGAGCAAACUUCUAUGCUACUGUGAAAAGAUGCAUCAGUACUCGGAGCAGCCUGGGUUGUAUCAGUAGUUAUGUUGUCCUCUAGGCCCUGCAGCAUCUCAUACCUGUAUUUCAGUUCCACUGCCUCUGUGAAACAAGGGUAACUCCUGCUUCAGGAGGCAACAAGCACAUCACAGUAUUGUAGUAAGCUUCUACCCAUUGGGUGGGUGAACCAGGACGGGAAGGCAGGUUUGUGUCUCUGGUAGUACAAGAUCAGAGUGUAUUUUUUUUGUUGUGCAGCAAGAUUUAUUCUUGUUCCAAAUUAUUAAUCUGUCAUAGCUGACUCGAAACUCUUAAAGCAGACGUACUAACCUUAGUGAUGUCGCUAACCUUGUCCAUGCGAACAAGGUAUCUACGUACCCAACCUAAAAUCUUACAAAGCUGUCCUUUAUUUGCUGGAGCUAGUAUAGAAGCUGGAAAUGCCUUUUUAAACUUUUCCUGCAACAGGCGUUUUUAACUUUUUCUGAAACGUUCAUUGUGGGAAGAUGUUACAGAACCAGCCUUGUGGUCUAUAAACAUGAUCUUUCUCUAAAGGCUGCUGAGGAAUGAAGAAAUAUGUGGGAGGCAUACUUUGUAGCCAGUGUAUGACUUCUGUACAUAGCCAGUCCUGUUUGAAUAUGCAGUUUGACUGUGCAGUUAGAAUGUGGAUUUUACUGCAAAUCUGAGACACAGAAAUUCCAGUCUGAGUUUUGUGGAACGUACUUAGCCUUGUGUUUUUAUUGCUUGAAAGGAAACACUCUGCUGCUGCACUGCUGGCUCUAGGUCAGACUUGGCAAAAGAUUUCAAAGCAACGCCUAGGCCAUAACAACUCAGGUAGGUGGCCAGCACUAAAUCCUGGCUAUUCUGAGACUUGGACUCUGGAGAGAAGAAGAAAUUUGAUUCAUUUCCUGGAUAAUUCUGUCUUAUGUGGCCUGAUCAUUUGAAUAAUGUGUUCAUAAUGACACUUGUGAGUGACUCGAAUUAUUUUCCUUUGUCACUGAACUGUCAGGGAAGCCACUUUGAUGAAUAUGCCUUCACAUCAAACGCUUGUCAUCUUAGACAUGCUAAGGAAACCUGUUUUUGCCAUUAUUUUGCCAUAACUACUUCAUACAGCAAAGAGCAACGCAACAGGAACAGAACACAUCUGCCCAGAAGGGACAGUUUUCUUUAACAAUGCACAUUCUUAACCUUAUGUAUUGUGCAAAUAAAGAUGGCUGUUAGAUAAUGAACAAGGAAUGUGACUACACUUUCUUCCAUCUAGCACUGAAUCUCUUGAAUGCAAUCUUAACACUGGGUGGCAGCAUACUUCAACUGUGUGGAUGCAGCUUUUUUUUUUUUUUAAAUUGCCCUCUGACAAGCAGAACAUAAGGUCUCCUGGGAAGGGACUUCCCAGAUUUAUAAAGAAACCUGUCCAGCCCAAGCAGUUUAGUGUGACCCAGCUGCAGUGGUGUCUCUAAGACAUCAGUCUCUGAUGUGUUUCUAGGACAAUAUGAGAAGACAUGAGAAAUCUGGUACGGAUCUUUUAACAAAUAUCCACGUUUCCUUGGUGUCAGUAAAAUUAAUACAAAAUACUCCUGACGAGACCACUUGAGUUAAAGCUGCUCUUAAGAUAACUCGCUUUAUCGAGUGUAACUUAUCCAGUCAAAUUUUGCUUUCAUUGAAAUCGGAGCAGCUCCCUUCCUGUGCUUCCCCUUCCGACUCCCUGGCCUGCCUUUUGAACCUUCAUUGCUUUCCUCCUCCUCUGCUUCUGUGACUGUGCUCUCUUCUGCACCUUGUGUUUUGCCUAUGCCUGUGUCUGGAAGCCUGUGUCUGCUUGCUGUUUUAUUCCGUGUCUGACUCUGGCUAUUUUUCAUAUUGUUCGUCAUGCCUGGGCUAUCCUGUAUAAUCGUAUGAGCUUCCAGGGCCUUAUUCUUGUGCUUGUUCCUUCAAGUUAAUGCCCCGUGUUCAUUGUGUAGUAGUGCAAGUCCUGAUGAGAAGACAUUCAUGAAAGCUGUGCCUACAGUAAAAUCUACUUCCUGGACUUGUUUUCUUUGUUUAUUGGUCUUCCUUGAAUUCAGAUCAGUUUACAUGGCAAAUCUGAGGAGCAAGGAAACAAAAUUCUGUGCGGCUUGAAUAAUGGGUCAGUAAGCCCGACAAUACUCAGGCUACAGCAAUAAACUCUCAGGAGAAGGGUAUCUUGGUGAUAGUUUCUGUUUUUAGGCUGCCUGUGUUAUUAAUAUACUGCUCUCCUGGGAGAUGUACAUAAGCAGAAACUCAGACACUUGAUACUUGCCAAACAUAGUUUCCGUAGCAAAUGGACAGACGUGCUGUGUCAUGAGUUAUAUCUCAUUCUUUGCAGUGAGUUUCAUAUUCUCAGCUCUCCAGUCGGUUUGUUUGUUCAGCUUGGACAAAGGCAAACCUCUUGCCCACUGUAAUUUUAGGGCAGGCUGUGAAGUGUUUUUACCAGGAUGGGCAUAUGCUAGGGGGUUGGUUUCAAGACACAGCUUGAAAGCUCUCUGCCCUUUCACAGUAAGUGACUUACUGGGGCUAGUUUACUGAGUCUCUAUGUAUGUAGCACCAUUAUCAAGCUUCAGAAGCACCUAGAUGCUAUUUAGGGACAUCUGCUCAUUUACUCAUGUUUAUGCUGAUCUCUGUUUGGCAGGAGGGAAGCUGGGCUUAGGAGGGUACAGCGUUUCCCAGCACUGGAAGUAAAAUGGGAAUGGAGGGGGAAGGAAAGGCAAAACUGGCUGAAAAACAGAGGAGAGAAAGGAAUCGUGAAGCAAACGCUCACCUUUAGAGGAAAAGGUGUUGGUGGAUUUGGCAGUGUUAAACUGUGGUUGGAAUUAAAGAUGUUGCCUGACGCUUUUUGUGUUUGUUUUGCCUGUUAGGUGUGCGAGGAUAGUGGCCCAGGCUACACAGUGCUUUGGGAGGUGCUGUAAACCCUGGUCCAUCUACCAGCGCCUGCUUAUGAGCGCUGAGUGGAGGAGGAGAGCAGACUGGGCAAGCGAUGCUUGUCCCGGGAUGGUAUUGCCCGUAAUAAGCCCAUUGGUUUGCAUACCUGACUUUUAAGAUGACUGCAGUCCUGAGGGGCAAGUCUCAAACUUGACGGCAAACAGCUCGUGGUGCGAGGGGUAUUAGGCUCUUGCUUUCCCUGGGCAAUGCAGCCAGCCGGGCCAGGGCUGCCUUGUGUAAGGCGCCGUGCAAAUCCUUGUCCUGGGCAAGGUGUCACAGGUGAACGCGCCAUGCAGGCAGGGUGCCAGCAAUGUGGGGUUGUGAUUGCUUUUAGGUGUCUUCCAGGAGUAGCCACAGGUCCUUGCCUUGGACCAGACCCCCACUGUCCAAGAUGCUGUUCAAACACAGCCUGUUCCCCAGAGGUUACAAUCUAACACCCAGGCUCUUAACAAAAGCCCAGCACCAGGGAGAUGUCGGACUCUGGACAGCAAUAAUCUGCUCCUCCUUAGCCAAGGCUAUGUGGAGGAUCAGCCCACGGUGCUGCUGCAACACAAGACGGUCGGGAGGGCCUUUGUGUGGUUCAGGCUGCUGCCAGACCCUGCUAAUCCAGGCACCCUCCCUGCCCGAGGCAAGCAGCCAUCGGAGCAAGCCUGGGAAAUGGUUAACUGCAUGAAUGAGAACUGCCAAGGUGAAACAUUUUUUUCCCGUGCAGGGGGGCAGUGAGGCCUCUCAUCACUUUUCCUACCUAACAUUAAUUAAGCAUAUGGCAGGAGCCGAGAUGCUGGCUGUCCAGGAGGCUUGGAUUAGUUAAACGCCUGCUGGCUGGGAGUUUCUGUGGCUAGUAUCUAUGUGGAUCUCCUGCACUGGGAAAGGAUAGGCUAAAGGGAAGCUCCUACACAAGACUUAGCUCUGAUCAGGGAAGAAAAUGCUGCUUUAUGUUUUUCUUAACAAGUUGGGCUGUCUUACUGCAAACAGCCUCAUUGCGAGUGGCUUCCCAUCAAAGCUGAGUAUGCUGAAUAAUGCAGAAGUAGAAGUGGGAUAUGCAGCAGCAAAGGGCUUUCUGAGGGACAGGAAAAACAAGUAAAUAAAGGAAAUGCUUCCAACUGGGAUUUAAGAAAGGAUGCAGCCAGUUAAUCAAGUAGAGAGCAGGAGCUGUGGAGAAGACAAGCACAGUGCUGGGAGAGGAUUUGUACCUAUUCAUCCGGUCACUGUGGUAGCUUAUUCAACUGCUAGAUAGCAAGCAGGACUGCAGGCAGGGUGCGCGGUCCCCGGAAAACGUGGGACGCAGGUCUGGAACUCAAAUAGGAGCGUGUGUAUUUAUGGCUGUCCCCUCAUGUAAUGACUGUCCCCGUGGGCUGACUGCAGCUAUUGCGACAGAUGGGACUCUCGCUGCAAAUCAGGCAUUGAGUGCCAGCGCUCAGGUAACGCGAGAGCACAAAGGAUCGUGUACAGCAGGGAGGUGGUAUGGAACUGGAUGGUGAAGUGACGGAAGCCAAAGAGCCGUUUGGAGCAGGGCAGAGAGGGGAGGACUGCUCACAGCUCUGGGAAAGUGCGUGCCCCCAGGGAGCUCCUGCUGCAGUCUGGGAGGGGGGCACGUGAGGAACGGUGUUUGGAAAGGCUUGGCCAGGAUUGCUAAAGAAAUGCAAAGAUGCAGAAUGCAAGAGGACUGGAUGGGGGCUGUUUGCCCCAGUGAUGCUGCCUUUCACAGCGCUCUGGGAUUUGAAGCCCAGUGACCAUCAGAUCCAGCUGGAUGUGGGGUCAGCAGGACAGCUGUUCUUCUUACAGUUCUACUGAGGAUUGACGUAAGGCCUGAAGGCCAAGUGCAGCCAUAAGCCCCACUGAUGGUUGUCAUCUCCCUGGUGCAGCGGGAUAAAGGCUGGACUGAGCGGAGAUGACUAUUCCCUGCUUAGGAACUUGGCUCCCUGAGCCUUUCUUGUCCUCUCCUGACACAAGGGCCAGCAGAGUAUGAGGUGGGUGGUCUGAGCUGUGCAAGUUGGGACUGUUAGAAGAUAAACUGCUUUUGUGCAUCUCCUUGUAUUCACAGAGCCAGCUUGGUCACUCCUAAUGUGCAUUUUGUUGCCUACCCUGCCCUGGGUUGGAUGCCCUGGUUUGGCCCCUGCCUCAACAAAGUACUUAGGCAUGAUGCACUUGUGCCUAUGCGUCCUUCAAGCUGAAGAAGCUGGCAGUGCUUGCAGUGUUGCUGCCAGGACUUAGGGUAUCGCGGAGGCUGUUUCCACUGGUGUCCAUGAAUCCUAUGAGCUCAGUCCUCUGCAUGAAUAUGGACACAUGGAAACCGAUGGAAGUGAGAAGCAGGAUUCAUUCAUGCCAUGCUAUCGUACAGGCAGGGUGUAAAGCAAGCGCUGCAUUAGCAGAGGCCUUCAUGUGCACUGCAGGUCUGCAGCCUUGGAAAAAAGCAGGCGUGACUGUGAGGAUGAACGCUGCGGGGCUUGGAGGCAGCACGGUGGGUUUCUGCAGUGAGCCACGGGCUCUGCAGUGCACUGAGGGCCCCUCCUUUCCACGGUCACAUAUUUGACCCUGCACUUGGCCUGUCCUGUGAAGUCCAGAGCCUGACCUGAAUUUGAAAUUGUUGCUGUUUUAAAGGGGGGGGGGGCAGGGAGGGAAGGGCAAAUGCAAGUAGAUUUUAGGAUAAUGAUUCUGGAAUGCCCUGUUUUUUUCUGUGCAUUUCUCCAGUUGCGGCUAAGGGCUUGGUGAGCAGGUACAGACCUGGAAAUCGGGCUGCUUGCUCCUCGGCUUGGCAUUGCUGCUGGUUCCCUGUGAACGCUUGCGCAAGCCCCCGGCUUGCACAUGUUCUGCUCCCUUUAAAAGGGCAGGGAAGUAGAGGUACUUCUGUCGCGGUGGCUUUGCAAGGCUCCAAGUGCAGCACCAUUUCAGGAGUGAAGACAGUUCCUCGCAUCUCUGUCUGGCUUGCUGGGUGUACUCGGGGGCGAUGAACGCUCCUCGCCCGCGCACCCUGCAGCAGUGGCUGUGCUGGUCACACCGCAGCAGCACGGCUGCUAACUUGGCUGCCUGCAGAUGGUUUACUUCUGGUGAUGUGAGAGCUGGAAAGCACCCAGCGGGACUUUCAGGUGCUGGGCUGAGUCUGCAUGUCUGACCGCUACGGAGGCUGGGUUCAUCUGCCCGGAAGUGGCAGGCGGAGGAAAUGUAAGGCAAAUCUAUAAGGCUUUUCCCUCAGCUGUCCCACAUAAAGAUGUGGUUUGUUGUUCAUUAAACAGGCAGUGCAUCGAGUGCCUUCUGCUGAGCUGUAUCCUGCAAAACAAAUUAUCCGCGUAAAACGCGACCGCUGGAGUUGCUAGCGCUUUAUGAGUGGGCGGGAAGGAGCUGUAAGCGCAAAGUAUUAGUGUUAGAGGCAGCACAGCUUCUCCUAGGGCAAACCUAUCCUUGGUGUACUGUCAGUGCAGUCACCUCGGAUAAAUCACAGUCCUGUUUUUUAUCCUGAGAACUACUGGCUCAGCUUUUUUUCCUCUUCAGCUCAUAGUUUUACGAGAUGAAAUCCUGCCAUGUUAAUACGUAAUAUAGACUUAAUCAGUCGGUGGUUAAGAACCAUUUGGAGCUGGUGUUUUGGACAGUUUUGAGGGGGCUGCUGGUGUGUUUGCCACAUUGUUGUCCAACGUCAGCCCUCCCGCUGCGUUCAGUAAGGGCUUCCAUUAAUUUCGGUGGAAAUUUGCAUUUAGGGUGAAAGGUGACCUAAUCUUUAAAAAGGAUCUUAAUCCAUUUACUUAGCGUGUCUUGCAGCGCUCAGCAUUUUUUCCUUGUCAAAAGCAGACUGCAUUCCUAACCUUGAUGUGUCACUUUCCAGUUGGUUUAAUAUUUGGGUGAGAGUAAAAAGGAAAUGUUUUUCAAAGAUUAAAGGAAUCCAUGCUGUUAAGGUAUGUGAGUGUGUGAUGUGCAUGUAUAAAAAAGGAGAUGUGACUAUAAGAAAAAAUAUAAGCGUUUUGAUGGUGGAAGAAAAAGAUAACAUAAAAACAGGAGAUGACUAAACAAAGCAAGAACAGGAAGAGAUAAAUCCUUCUAAAGGGGUGUAAAUGGGUAAUUAUGAGGGAAGAGGAAAUGGGGCUGAAAGAUGAUUUAGUGUAAAUUUAAAUGCAAGACAAAAAUAGGAGUCCUGUUAGUUUGACCUGUAAAUAGCCUCCCAGAGGCCUGAGGGCAGCCAGGGAAAACAUGGGCACAUAUAGCUGUGAUAAAAAUGAGACCUAGCACCUACGUCUAGCUCAGACUAGAAGCCUUUCAUCUUCAAGGCUGCUGCAUUAAAUCUGGCUCAGCUCAGAAGGGAUGGAAAGAUGUUGCUAGUAACCUGUGUGCUGUGUUUGGCGGGCUUUGGGUCAGACCCCAGAGUCACAAAACAAAGGAUGUCACAAUUAGCACUAAUUGGUGGCUUGUGGUGCUUGUGGGGAUCUCGCAUAACUCACGGGACCUCAAUGCCAAUGGGAAAUCUCGAAUCAAACUCGGUUCAUGCUACAUCAAGGCUACCUGCUCUCUACACGGUAUUCUUCCCUGGGUGGCCAAAUCACUGCACGGGAGCGAACACAGACACGCACACGUGCGCACUGUCAGCCUCGAAGCCAUUUGCUCGCUUCCCUUUAAUCAAAACCUUCUACUAUUGGGUUUUCUUUUCGGUUUGGUGACUGAAGCAAGACGUCAUGUGCCUUCCCGUGGGCGUUAAGUGGGUCAGCGGGCUGUCUUGUUUGUGGCGGCUCUGACGUGGGAAGAGCCCGACGCAGAACGCCGAGCCUUGGCAGGGAAAUGCCAAUUAAGAGGUAGCCGUGCAGGAGCGUUAUUGUCUGAGCUGAAAGCGCCUUGAGUCUAGGUCUGUGACAACUUUCAUGUGCAAAGGGAAUAAUGAGGAAUUAUUAAACUGAAUGCUGAUCCGAACUAGCUAGCACUCGGUUUCAAAUGUUUAUUCUCACACAAGCCUCCUAUGGGGCAAGGAAAGCUCAUUCUGUUUUUCAGAUAAGUAAGUGAGGGGUAGAGAAGGUGAGUCACACAAGGAGCCCGUGCCAGAGUGGGAUUAGCACCACUAAGGAGCUCGGUACUUGGGCCUCGCUUUGUGUUGAUCCAUGUUAUUUGUCUUUGUGCCAGGAGAAAUCUUUGUGCCUUUUCCUUAGCACCAAACGAGUCUCUUUGGGGGAUGUGUUUGUGAGAUAUAAGUGCCAGGAGAUGGCAACAGGAGACAGCCAGCAUCACGUAGAAUCAGGUGAAGUUUUAAUACCCCUUAUCCAUGCAAGUAGUCCAGUUGGGACAGGCACAAAAAGGAAAUGUGGCUUUGUAAGUCUGCAUGGCAGCAUGUUCCCUCUGGAAAAGCGACCAAGAGGCAGCUAGGAUUUGACUGCAUUCCUCUGCUGUCGUGAGCAACGAUGUCGUUAUAACGUCAUUCACAAACGGACACAUUUCACCUGGGAGCACCCAGCCCCUCUGGUUCCUGUACAGACAUUGUGCAAAAGACCCUUGGGCAAAGAGCAGGUCUCUCAGGUACGGUGAAUCUUUCUACGGAGAUAAAACAGCCUCUCUCCCUCCCAUCUCAUAUCUCUGCCUCUGUGCCUUAUUGAUGUGUUUUUGUUCAAAAGAAAUGAAAGCUAGAUUACCCAUACAUUUCUGCUUUAAAAUUUUUCUGCCCUUAUUUUAA